UUUGACAUGUAUUCUCCAGCAUGCUUUUAUGCUUUUCUACACAGGAUCUAAACACUGGCAAAUAUGAGUAUACUGUACAUUUAGUAGUUAAUAUUGUGUAAAGAAGAAUUAUUUUAUCUGUAGCAUGUCAUCAUGAACUUGCCUGGCCACUCUCCUCUGACCUCUCUUAUAAACGUUACUUUUUACGCCACCAUGCUUUCUAAACUCUGGUGACUCUUGUGUGUGGCAAUCCAAGAUCACCCUCUAAAAAUUCUUAAAGAACCUGUUAUGUGAAUAAUAAUUGAAAUGCUUAUCUGUAUCUGCAUGAUUUUAUGCAUUGCACUGCUGCCACAUGAAUAAGAUUAGUUCUUUUUCCAAUAAAUACUGCAGUAGGAAAUGAGAUCUGGCAAUCUGGGUGCUUUGAUUAGCCUAAUGCAAAAUUCAUGCAAAUGUUAUUUUUCUUAAAAGAAAAUCUGUAAGUAGGUCAGAACUUGGCCAUGGCUCUAGUAAGUAACUGCUGUAAGCUUCUUCACUGAAAGGAAAUUAAAGUCCAUCAUCCUUCGUCCUCUGCCAGCAGAACCACUUUUUGUAAACCAUAUAUGGCCACAGCAGGUGAUGGACUAUUUCCAAACACAUGCAGUUUCUGCACGCUGCUUGUCUGGGUCAUUAUCUUCAAAUCUAAGAAGAUGUCUGCAUUGACAAUGAAGCAAUAGAAUAUAUAUAUUGUAUAUUGUAACGUCCGGGACCCCUGCCCUAUGCAGGGCUCGAACCCGGAUGCCCAUGGUGUGUGUGCACACACCAGCACGUGGUGGAAUGAGACCCAUUCGCAGGAUUCAGUGAAGCACUGCUUUUAUUACAUUUAAGACAUGACAUAGGGAAACAAACGUAACACAAUACAUGGCGUGAUUAACAAAACAAAAGGAGAACAAAACCUAGAUCUUAACUUGGGCAUGGAACAAACAAAAACCAUGGUACAGGUAACAAUCAUGGACAAGGACACAAACACAAGGAUCCCUAUUUAUAGGGAUAGACAUUAGGGCUUAUGGGAUACAGGUGACACAAUCAGGAUUAGAACAAUGGGAAGGGCGUAACACAAAAGACACACAAAGAAGCAGGCUUCCAAGGUUCACCUGCCAGCGCCCUUUCUGGGCCUGGCAGGGAACUGUCCAGCUGUUCCUGACAUAUAUCCACUGUAACUGCCACAGGUUCCUUGCGAAAGUUAAUGAGGACACCUCAGUAGUGUCUUGUUCAAAUCUGGUACACUGUGGCAUAUUGUACUGUGCCUUCAUACUCAGCAAAAGAAUCAAAUCCUACACAUAUAUGGCCCUUUUUCUGUGAAUGGUAAACACCAAAUAUGGGCAAGUACCAACAUUCCUGUUGUGCGUGUGGUGCAUGGGUGGUGCAAGUUCAGCUUGGUCAGAAUCAAACAUUGUCCUCAUGAAUUUGAAGAAAUGUUUUUUUUUUUCCUGUGCAGAGUGCAUCAUAGAGAUUCAAAGCAUUUGGUGGCAUGACACCUGUUCAUAGAAGCAGUUAUGGCAAUGGUGAUUAGAAGACAGCAAACCCAACACUGUACUGUCAAACCUUUCUUUAACAUAUAUGGUACUAGUACAUGGUGAAAGGAGCAAAUGUAUCAUUCCACAGGGGUUGACAGUUUUGAAAUAUGGAUGGUGUCUAGCAUUCUCUGGUGAUGGUAUGUCAGACUUGUCAUCUGAAAGCUAGUCACUUUCAAUUAAAAUACAGUAGAAGAUUUGAGAUUUACCAUUAAAUAAUUCCACAACAAAGUUACUUGCAUGUCUCUCUCUCAACUAGACGGGGAAAAUGUUAUAUUAACAACUCUUGGAUUAUAAUUGAAUUAUUUUUGGAUUAUACUUUAGCCUGAUCACUGACCAAUGCUAGAAAGACUGAAAAUGAGGUAAGGCAAAACACAGUAGAUUUAUCACCUCACUCUAGAAAAGUAAAAAUGGAAGUUCUGACAGACAGCCAAAAGAGGACCCCAAAGCCCACAGAAAAGCCUUUGGUCCUUAACCUGAAUAGGCUCAAGCAUGAAAGAAAAGGCAAAAGGAAGGAUAUUUUCUAAAGGAAGAUGAACUAAAAAUUGGGUUAGUUUAAGAGAAAGAAUUAAUGUGGAAAUAUUAAUAAUUAAUAAAUUAAUUAAUAACUAAUCUGGGAUCUUUCUUCAGGAAGAUGAAGCUAGAAGAAAGGACCGGAUGAUUUGGUACAAUCCCAUAUUUGUGGAGUUUGCAAAUCAUCGUCAUUCAUCACCAGCUCUGCUUGUUUGAUAGAUAGGAAAUUAGGCUGGAAGAUGCACAUUUAAAAAUCCGGAAAGAGCAACCGGAACAAAAACUUGGAUCAGAGUUUGGCAAGCUAAAGAAUACGAAUGCUGUCAAGAUCAAACUAUCAAAAUAGGUUAUACUAUUUUGAACUAUUCACAAGUGGAUAACCUUAUGACUUAGCAUAGGAAACCUGAGAAAGGCUGCCAGGAGGGUAGGAAGCUGAUUCAGCUUGCCACGGCCUACAUGUUUAUAUAUACAUAUCUACACUUGGUUUCUAUUAGGGUGUAGAAAUAUAACAUACGAUAUCCAUAUCAAAUGUUAUAUUUCUACACCCUAAUAGAAACCAAGUGUAUGCUGUAUAUUUAAUGCUUUACUGUCUUCUGCUCUAAUGAAGAUGAAUGAGGUGGACAGUCCAAAUAACAUGAAUAUUGUCAUCUCAAAACUUCCCUAUAAACUGAUAGCAGCUGUGAAAUCAAGCCUUUAAAAUACAAGAAGAGACCAGAUGAAAAGCCAAGUUUUCUGGUAGACUUCAUCAACUGGCAAUAGAUUCGCUGUUUGGAGAAAAGGGGAAGUCUAAGAUGAACAUUAACCCUAAAAGAAGCAGUUUUGCUACAAAUGUCUCUGCUGUAAGAGAAUACAGUGUUCAAGAUCUUUGUUAGAAGAGACCCAGUUUGGUCAAACCAGCUGAUGAGGAGCCAUACCUUGGAUUCCUGUAGCAAGAAAAGAGUUUAGACUCCUAACAAUAGAAUUAAAAUUUUGAGGUCAAUAAGUCUCUCCAUUGGAUGCCUCUUUCAAGGUCACCUAUGUGACCACUGCAGAAACAGAAUGCAAUGCCAAGAGUGUCCUGCAAAGAACUCAAAUGUCCUUCUUGUAGUGAAGAACGAUCCUGUCACACCUGAAAAGAAUGAAAUUUACCAGUAAAGUUGGGUACUGAAGAACAUGUUCUAAUCGUAGUACCAGUGAAAUGAACAAACAAGUGAAAAAGGCUUUAUUUCAGGAGGCAUCAUUUCAAGAGGCAUUCUUUCAGCAAAUGGUGGGCCACCAGUUACUCAGUCAGUUGCAUAUCAGUAUGGUAAAUCAACAGUCUGCUGGUUCAGCAAUACAACACCAGAAAGAAGAUGCGAUGAAAGAGCUAAGAUGUCACAUGAAAAUUAUCAUUUACUACAUUCAGUUAAGGAAUCAGCCCAGCUAGUCGAUGGUCACUGUUAUUGUUAGUCUAUAGGUGAACAAGAGAAUGCUUCAGAUAAAUCCUGACUUCUACAGCAAGUACAACAGAUUGCACCAAAGUAGCUGAAGAGAAGUUGGACUGCAGCGAUGGGAGAGUGUGGUUCAUUCCCCAUCCUGAAGUUUACCAUCUCAGAUUGCACUGCUGGCUAUCAGGGUGUAUCUCUGUCAGUUACUGCAGGGACCAGACCUCAGAAACACUCUGAUCAGUGUCCUGACAAGGUUCAGGAAGGAACCAGUAAGCAGGAGGGCAAACACUAAAUCCAUGUUUUCCGGAGUGCCUAAUAAGAAGAGAUUUGUUGGGUCUUUGUUUGUUUAAGACUUCUGCUAAAGAGAUAGGGAAAAUAUGAAAUAUAAGGAAGCACAAAAGACACCGGUCUCCACACACACAGGGUUCUAUAAUCAUAUUUUGCAUAACGUUUACAUUACUCUACUGUAAGCACUUGGGAGUGUGAGAUUUUACUUGCUUCUAUGUAUACAUCAGUCACUUUAUUAAGAACACCAUACUAAUGCUACUAAUGAGUAGGAUCUUUUCGUUUGAGAACAUUCUUUUGAGAUUCUGUCCAUAUAGACAUAAUUGCAUCACAUAAUUGAAAGAAAAUAUUUUUCACAUUAUUAUACCACCUGAUUUAUGAUGCUGAUGGCAGUUUCAUGUCACAACAGAAAUCACGGUUCAUCAGAUCAGCCAACAGUUGUUACAGUGAGUAACAACUGUACACACUUUGUACAGUUUCAGUGAGUCCAUGGUCACUGUAGCCUCAGAUGCCUGUUCUUGGCUGACAAACAGGAGAAGCUAAUUUGGUUGUAGCUUGUCUGCAUUCACUUGGACAUGUUGUAUGUUUCAAAAUGCUUUUCACCUCACCACAGUUGUAAAGAAUUAUCGUUACUUUAACCUUUCUGUCAGCUCAAACCAAGGUGUUUGUUUUUUCACUAUUCUCUGUAAACUCUGGAGAAAACAACUAUGCCAUCAUCAGUAAGAUAACCACAAUUUCAUCAUGCUGAUGGUUGGUACUGACUGAAUCUCUUAUCUGUACCAGCAUGACUUUAUGCAUUACACUGCUGCCACAUGAAUGAGCUUAGUUCUUAUUCCAACACAUCCUGCUGAAGCAAAUAACUUGAACUUUGAUUUGCCUAAUGUAUAAUUACUAAAAUGCUAUAUAUUUAUAUAUAUAUAUAUAUUUCUGUAUAUAUAAAACCUAAACAGAAGCUUAUUGCAUCAUUUGUUUUUAAAACUUAUUAGACUGUCGUCUUAUGUAAACUUAUUUGCAUUUGUUAAAAAAAAAAGUGCAUUUGCCUUUUAAAUUACAUAAUCAUUUAGCGAAACACCAAUGGACAGCUCACAGCUGCACAGAGUUGACCUUCUGAUAUACAUCAAGCAAGGUAAGAAAUCUCUCUAAACUUGGCUAAUUUGGCUUAAUACGGUAUAUUUUUGCUAUAUGAUGUACUAAUAAUCACAUACAUCAAAAGUCUGUUUCUUAACCGGUGAAUGCUACAUUGCUUCCUGAACUGGCUAUUCCACUUUUUUCCUUAAGUGUGGUUGUAUAUAAGUUGUUGUAUUUCCAUUUGUACAGAAAAUGGAGAAGUCACAAAGGCUCAUGCUCCUUUUUUUAGGGAUAUACAUUUUCUUAAUGCAGUGGAUACUGACCCAUCAGCAAGUCAAUGUGGCCUUAGGAGGAAUAGCAACACAAUCUUCUGUACACGCUUCCUGUACUGGUUCCUUUGCUAUUGAUGGUAACAGAGAAUCUAACGCGAUUUUCUACCCAUGUGCACAUACAAAUGCUGAUUAUAAUCCAUGGUGGAGAGUGGAUUUGUUGGCAGUGUAUGACAUUAGCAAUGUAAUCAUCACUAACAGAGGUGACUGCUGUUCAGAACGGAUAAAUGGUGCUGAGAUCCACAUUGGCAAUUCCUUAAUCAACAACGGCAACAAUAAUUCCAGAUGUGCCAUUAUCCUUAGUAUUGCUGCUGGUGCCUAUGCAAGCUACAACUGCAAUAUGCGGGGUCGUUAUGUGAACAUCAUCAUUCCCAAUGUUACCCAGUACCUCACGCUCUGUGAAGUUGAAGUCUAUGGAGGUCAAAUUCAAUUCAUAAAUUAAAUAAAUUCAAUAAAAAUAUAAUUUAAUGAAAUAUGUU